GCUGCUGACGUCAGCGGGGCGCGCGCGCCUGCGUGCCGUGCGUCGCGCGCCGUCUCGCGCGGCCAGCCGGUUCCCGCCAUCCGCCGCCCCCCCCUCCCCCCGCGGACCCGCAGCCUUGCAGCCUAGUCCGGGGACCCCCCUGGGACCGGGACCCCCCCCUCCCCCGGUACGAGCCCCCCUCUCCCUGCAGGCGGCGGGGCCGCGGGCAUGGCCCCGCUGAAGGUGCACGGGCCGGUGCGGAUGCGCAGCAUGCAGACGGGCAUCACCAAGUGGAAGGAGGGCAGCUUCGAGAUCGUGGAGAAGGACAACAAAGUCAGCCUGGUGGUGCACUACAACGUCGGGGGCAUCCCAAAGACGUUCCAGCUAAGCCAUAACAUUAAAACUGUGACCUUACGACCAAAUGGUAGAAAACUGUGCUGCCUGAUGCUAACACUAAAGGAUACCAGCUUCCUGACGAUUGAUAAGGUACCGUUUAAAGACGCGAAUGAAAUGCGGAUGUAUUUGGAUGCGGUCCUUCAAGACAGGGUUCACACUGCUGGGAAAGCCUCUCAGGGAUCUGGCAGCUUUGGAGGUGUGCUGGGCAGCAGGACCACACAGAAGGAAGCUAACAGGCAAUUCUCUUAUAUAGAGAAUCAGCCUCCCCCCAAACGAGUGACCGUGGAAAGUAAGGAUGAAAAUCCGUUCCGCAAGGUGCUGGGUACCCCAGCCAGAGCACCCGUUAAGAACUCUGCUGGAACUGGAACACCUAGCAACAGGGUGAAUGUUGCAGCGUCUCCUGCCUCAUCCACCCCUCACAGAACAGGCUUGCUGGAGAAUCGUGAAAAGAGGAAAAGAGCACAACCUCCUGGUUCAGAAAUGAGUGAAGAUUAUCCCAAAGAGAAUGAUUCUUCAACGAAUAAUAAAGCCUUGAGUGAUCCAGCAUGGAAGUACUUAAACAGUAGCAGAGAGAAACAGUUGAAUCUGAAGCAAGCAGAGGAAAAUAGGACAUCAGGCGUUUUACCACUGCAGUCAUCAUCCUUUUAUGGCAGUAGGUCCUCGCCAAAAGAGUACUCUACUGGCAGUUCCACCCUGGACAGGUCUGGUGUAUCCAGCCAGACUCCUUCAUCCAAAAGGAGCCUGGGAUUUCUUUCUCAGCCUGCUCCUCUUUCUGUUAAAAAGAUGAGAUCUAAUCAAGAUUACACAGGGUGGAACAAACCCCGAGUGCCCCUUUCCACCCAUCCUCAACAACAAUUACAAGGGUUUUCAAACUUAGGAAACACCUGCUAUAUGAAUGCCAUUUUACAGUCCUUGUUUUCAAUCCAGUCUUUUGCUAAUGAUUUGCUCAAGCAGGGUAUCCCGUGGAAAAAAAUUCCACUCAAUGCACUUAUCAGGCGUUUUGCCCAUCUGCUCGCUAAAAAGGAUGUCUGCAGCCCUGAGGUUAAGAAAGAGCUGCUCAAGAAGGUGAAAAGUGCCAUUUCAGCUACUGCAGAGAGAUUUUCUGGGUAUAUGCAGAAUGAUGCACAUGAGUUCUUGAGCCAGUGUCUGGACCAGCUGAAGGAGGACAUGGAAAAAUUAAACAAAACUUGGAAGAGCGAGCCAGUCCCUAAUGAUGACAACUCACCUGGACGGGCUUCUGAUGACCUCUCAGCCACCAAAGUUUAUACUUGUCCGGUUAUCAGUAACUUAGAGUUUGAGGUUCAGCAUUCUAUCAUAUGUAAAAUGUGUGGUGAAACAGUCACCAAACGAGAACAGUUUAAUGACCUCUCCAUUGACCUUCCUCGAAGAAAGAAAUUGCUUCCAUCUCGAUCAAUCCAGGAUUCCCUUGACCUCUUUUUUCGGGCAGAGGAAAUUGAGUAUUCCUGUGAGAAGUGCAAUGGGAAGUCAGCUGUUGUCACACACAAGUUCAAUAGGCUUCCCAGGGUCCUGAUUCUCCAUCUGAAACGAUACAGCUUCAAUGUAGCCUUGUCUCUCAACCACAAAGUUGGGCAGCAGGUGGUUAUUCCAAGAUACUUAACCCUGCUUUCGCACUGCACAGAAAGCACGAGGCUGCCGCUGACGCUGGGGUGGAGCGCCCAUUCUGCAAUUUCCCGUCCAUUGAAAGCCUCCCAAAUGGUGAAUUCCUGUACUAUAAGCACUUCCACACCUUGUAGAAAAUACACUUUCAAGUCAAAGAGCCCUACAGCACUCUAUGUAGAUUCGGACAGUGAUGAUGAGCCAUUGAAACGCUCUGUUGCCCAUAGUCAAAGGUUGUGCAACAUACCGAGUAGAGAUCAGCAACAACUGCAAGAAGAGCAAGAAAAGGGUUCAAAAAGAAGUAAAAUGGAGGCUGAUAAACCUGAGCUGGGUAAUGCUGGUUUUGAUGGGAUGAGUGAAGAUGAACUGCUAGCAGCUGUCUUAGAGAUUAGCAAAAGGGAAGCUUCUCUGUCUCUGAGCCAUGACGAAGAUAAGCCCACAAGCAGCCCAGACACUGGUUUUGGAGAUGAUGAAAUUCAGGAAUUGCCAGAAAACCUGGAAACUAUGGAGAUGGAAAAACCCAAAGCAGCAUUAGAAUCAGGUCCUGCCAAUUUCACUGAGAUAACUAAAGAUUUUGAUGAGAAUAAGGAAAACAAAACUCCGGAAGGCUCCCAGGGAGAGGUUGACUGGCUGCAGCAGUACGAUAUGGAGAGAGAGAGGGAAGAACAAGAACUUCAGCAGGCACUGGCUCAAAGCCUUCAAGAACAAGAGGCACGAGAACAAAAAGAGGAUGAUGACCUUAAACGAGCCACGGAAUUAAGUCUACAAGAGUUUAACAGCUCUCUCCUGGACAGCGUUGGUUCUGAUGAAGACUCUGGAAAUGAGGAUGUUCUUGACAUGGAGUAUUCAGAAGCUGAAGCAGAAGAGCUGAAAAGAAAUGCUGAGACAGGAGAGCUGCCUCACUCCUAUCGUCUCAUCAGCAUUGUCAGUCAUAUCGGAAGCACAUCAUCUUCAGGUCAUUAUAUCAGUGAUGUGUAUGAUAUCAAGAAGCAGUCCUGGUUCACCUACAACGACCUGGAAGUGUCUAGAACUCUAGAGACCACAGUUCAGUGUGACAGAGACCGAAGUGGCUACAUCUUCUUCUACAUGCACAAGGAUAUCUUCGAUGAGUUACUAGAAACAGAAAAAAACGCACAGCCACUUACCAUGGAAGUAGGAAGAUCAAUUCGUCAGCCUCUGUGAAGAGUAAAACACCUUGUUCCUCCCGAGGAGCAAGAAAGAUUCUGAACUUGUGCCAGACACGCAGGAGUAACAAACAGCUCAGGGCCAAAACAAGAGACAAAAGUUAGAAAUAUGGGACACUCAGUUUGCUGAACCAUCUGCGCAAGUCCUGGGCCCGAACCACACUUUUAAACCUUGACAUCCCAGAGCAAUCCUCCUGUGGUGAAGUUUUUAUUGUUCCUCAAACAAUUUUGUCAGCAUGGAGCCUUAAAGAGUUGCAUCAAGCCACAAGACUACAGCUGCUCAUAAACUGAUUUAAAAACAAAAAAGUGCAAAAAGAGACUCAACUUUAAAAGCCCAUUCACCCGCGAGAUGUGAGUGGGGAAGAUUUACAUAUCACUUGGCAUUUAUUUUUUUUUCCUCCAAGAGCAAUUUAAGCAAUAGAUUCUGUAACCUGGCGUGUAUUGUGUUAGUAAUUUUCACUGGAAACCCAGAUCACUGAGUACGCUCUUGCCAGUCGUCUCGCUAACCGGCGUUUUGGAAUCACUCGAGCUGAUGCGUUCUGACGUUCAUGGGUUUGUGAGUGCUCUGCUAUUUACAUGCGGUUCCAGGAAACAAACUAUUGGUGCUGUGGAAUGUAUUGCAUACCUGGUGGCAGCUCUGUCUUUUUUACACCAUUCACUGUCAUCCUUCUUUAGCAGUGAGAUUAUAUAUGUGAUUUCUUUUAUUUCACAAGCUCCAUUAUUUGAUUGCAUUUCCUUCGUUGCAUUGUUCCUAAGGACCCUUUGGAGGGGAGAGGUCUCUCUCGAGUUGCGCGGUAUUUCGCACUGAAGUUAUAUUGCUUAGGGCUGCUUCCAUCCAACUCUGACUGAAGCUGCUGGGGCGGACGGAGAGCAGUAGCAGGAGGUGAACCACAGCCACUUUUUCAUCUUGCCUCCUUGGAGGGAAGGAGUGCUUUAGCGUUACCCUUUCUGUGCAGGCCUGGGUCAUCGUGAAGUGGAAACGGUGAGAAAAGGCGAGGUCUGCAGGCUGUUGCCUGACACUUGAAUUUCUCCGUAAUUGAACCAGGGUCUUGCUACGGCCUUCUCUUAUCCCAGGAGCGAAUGAGGGAUUUCACUGCAGCUAUGUGGUGGCUGUUCUAAGGAGUACAGAGUGCUCAAACUGUGAAACUAAACCAGGUGGAAAGCUUUCAGAAAGCUCGUCUUCAGCAUUAACAGAGCACGGUUAGAAAGAAGUGUUUUAUUGGAUUUAGAGACAUGAUGCUCAGUUUAUAGCUUGUUUCAGCAGGGGGAAAAAAAAGCCUAGUGACUUUAUUUUUUUAGCACCUUCGCACUUAUUUAGCAGGGGCAGAUGUUUCCUUUCGUUGGCAUUUACUCACUUCAGAGAAAUUGUCGCUAUUAAGCAGAGUAGUUACUCUUGUUUUGGCCUCUAGUUCUGAUUUUUGCAGCUUGAGUUUUAGAGGUGAAAGACUUCUUAAGAAAAAAAAAAAUGCUGUCGAGAUAGUUUCUGUUGUGUUUUUUUUUUUUUUAAACUAUCGUUACGAGUUUCUCAGGAAUAAAUCAGCUGAAGCAAAGCAGACAGAACCAUCGAUGUAAAAAAAAAAAAAAAAAAAAAAAAAGCGGGCGCCUCUUUCGUGGGCACUUCUGCCCCAGGGCUUCUCCUAGCAGGCUGGCACGGGGUUGCUACCUCAGUGGCCUCUCCUCACCUCUGUGCGCAGCAAUGAGCAGCAGCCACCGCCGCUGAUAGUCCUCCCCAGGACCUUUGGGGACCCCGGGGCGGUGAAAAGACUGACUGACCUUCCAGCCCAGGCGAGCCUGGUGGACCUGGUCAGGGUGACAUCUUUCUGGUUUCCGAGCUAGGAGUGGACGUUUGGUUGUGAACACGACGGAGCGUUUAUCUUGCGAGAUGCAGCCGGGAUGGUAUAUAUGUUAAUUUAUUACAAAGCAUUAUACUUUUCUAUUGUCGAUACUAAUUUUGGUAGAGCUGGGGGCAAUCGGAAGAGGAGGCGAUGCGCGAGCUGUCCUUUGAACUGAUCGCCCCUGCCCCUGGAAAUGUGACAAAGGGACUGCUCCAUCCAGAGGGCAAACCUGUUUUCCCCGAGCACACCCUAUGCUAGUGCUGUACAUAACCAGUAUUUCUGUAGUCUCAGAAGUCAGCUCUGCUUUUUUGGGUGGUAAGGAUGUUUUCGAGGCGCUGCACUCCAGCUAAUUUAUAAUAAAAGCAAACAUUGCCCGACUUUCCAGUGCACUAACUUGUGUUUAAAAGCAGUUUUUCUUUGGAAUGAGGUGAGAAAGCUGAUGCUUGAAACCAGCAUUCCUUGUUUCGUGCAAACGAAGUUCUCGUUUAAUAUUCUAGCCGCUAAGAAUUUGCAAACAUCUGUGAAUUACUUUAAGCUUGUUGGGUUUUUUUUGGCACGUGGCAGCUCAGUUGCACCAUCACCCUGGCAGGAGUGUCCGUGGAGCCCCUUCCUUGCUGGAGCCAGCUUUCUGUCCGCAGGGAGGAGGAUGAGUGCGUGACCACCGAGGGCCCUGCGCUGGCACCUCCCCACCGCUCGCAGUGUCGUGGCACAGAGUUCAGAAAGGUCGGCCCCUCCAGGUGGCAGACCCACCCCGGGGUAUGGGCAGGUAGAGAAGCGCAGUGACAGCCCCUUCACGCGUGCAGGCUUUUAGCGCUGGCUGUUUCCAGAGAGGAAAUGACACGAAAGCUGUACAAACACUCCUGGCCUUUACCACGGCGGCAGCUGCUAGGUGCGCACCAGGCCAGCUGAAGAGCGUAGGGUUCCUCGGGCGGUAGCGGAGUGGGGAUGGGUCGGGACUGUCUCUGUGAAACCCUGACAGGUCUGACACGUUACAAACCGUUCUUGGGCUUUUCCGCAGUUGUACAGAGUCGUGGUUAAACACUUACCCGCUCCUGAAUCAGCUUACUUCAGUCCAGGUGUGAUUCAGCAUAUAAACACAAGGAACUCCCCCAUCUUGCCUUUCCUCUCUCCCCUUCAUCGUGUGACUGCUUAAGAUACGCUCUCGAUUUGCUCCUCUGCCCUGAUAGAUGCGAAAACGUUUGUGUCUGAACCGAAGCCUGGGCGUGCGGGUCCCUGCGGGGCUGCACAAAGCCUUUGCAAAGCCAGGACUGGUUUCCUGCCGGAGCUGCCGCCUGCCACACCAGGAGCAGGAGCAGCGGGGCUCCGAGUGGCGUCACCUUCCACCUCCUGCUGAGCGUAAUGACAAACGCCUGCUCAUCUUCCUUCCCAGCAUGGGUACCCCAGGAGCUGGGGGGGGGGUUCCCGGCGUGGUGCCCGCAGCGUUUUGCACCAGGCAGGACUGAUUGUCCCGCCCCACGCUCUGCUGCGCUUCACCCCGGCGCCGGGCGCGUGGGGAUUACUGCGGUGCCUGGGCGGUGGAGGAGCCGGGGGGACUGGGAAUAACUCGUCUGUUUUGUCUUCUGUUCACGGAGCUCUUACCCUUGUAAUCGCCUGCCAAAGAGAGAAAAAGGGGUGUGGGACCCCUGGCAGCUACCGUCCGUGCAGCGACGCUGCUGGACCCCAGGCCCGCGCGGUGACGCCGGGGGCUCCCAGGGGCGUGUGGCCGAGGACCUGCCACGGGGCCACCACAUGCCUGGCUCGGUGCCUGCCUCCCGCCUGACUUCUGGUUCUUUACACUGUUGAUGUGGAGCAGCACUUUUCUCUGUGUUUUAGCAGACCUGUUCCUCUCUUAUUCUUUACAGUUUUUGCUCUUGUUCCCUCCCCCCCCCCCCACCUUUUAAAUGAUGUGUAGAUAGAUUUUUGUGAAAUUAAAACCUCUUUAUU